UGGGCUCGAGAUUGCUCCAAAUGAUGAGGAUUUCCUGGUAUCUUAUGACCUCUAAAGGGUGUGACAUACUACGCUAAGUUCAUAUCAGGGGUUUAAAAACUAUUUCGCUUCUAACUGCUAAAUUAGGUCUCACCCGAGAUUCAAAUGGGAUCGUUGACGAUGUUAAUCUCAGUGUUCCCGUCGCUUUCACCUCUUGUUUUAUGUUGUUCAGUCGUUCUUGCAGUGGGCAUUGCGUGCCUGAUUCGUCACCAUCUAUUGCAUCGGAGGGAUGAAGAAAUUUUUCACAAAACAACUGGAAAGCUUUCUCGUCGACUUGGUUCCUUUGAAGAAUACUUCUUAGCGAGUGCCUCCGGAAGUAACAUUGGCUAUCUUAACACUGUGCUCCUGCUGGAAUCGAGGAUAAAACUUGAUGUAGGGCAUCUGAAGACGGCCCUGCUGAUGUUGUCCGAACGAUUCCCUUUAUUACGAAUGCGUGUAACAGUUGAUCAUUUGAACCAGCCAUAUUUUGAAGAGAUGGAAGACCCGUAAAGUUUGGAAUUUCAAACAAGAAUGGACGUAGAUUCAGAAAACUGGAUGAGUGCGUUUGACGAACAUAUCAAUUGUGCACCAUUUCACACUGAGAAAGGGCCUUUGUGGCGUGUAACACUACUCAGGGAGACGACUGCACGCAAAGGUGAAGGAAUUCUCUACAAAAAUUCAUUGUUGUUUACUUUCCAUCAUAUUAUUUGCGAUGCCCGAUCUGUGUUUGAAUUUGAAAACAAACUGCUGCAAUUCCUAGGCGCACUGUACAACGGGAAGGCUAUGAAAGUUGAAACUCUAGCGUUUCGUCCAACACUCGAGCGCAUGACAUUGAAUCUAACUGAACCAAAUAUCUUGGAAAGACUUCAUAUUCCGCUGUUCGUGUGGUGCAGUAAGCUAAGCGCUAUGAUUCGCAAACCCAAGAUGGCAAAUUUAUAUUUAUUAAAGUUUCCUCCAAAUGUUCGUGAUUCACUGGCACGGACCACGCACGCAAUACCUCGAUGCUUAACUAAAGAACAAACAAUGGCUUUAGUAAGUUGCUGUAAGGCCAAUGGUUGUACAGUGCAUGGCGCUAUUACUGCAGCAACUCACUUAGCCAUGAAACAAAUCAUUGACCUGGAGCAAACCGAACGAAAGUUCCCGUUAUUGUUUGACAGUAAUUAUACUGUUGACAUCCGAAAACAAUGCAAGCCCCAAGUUGGAAGAGAAGAGUUUGGGCUGUAUGCAAGUUUCGACACACUUCAAUUAGAAGUUGCAGGAACAGAGGAGUUUUGGGAUUUCUCUCGCACAUGCACCGAAAAAAUUCACCUUAAAAUCAACUCAGGAGAGCACAUGAAUGUUUUGAAAUUACAAUGUGCGAACGUACAGUCAAUAUGGGAGUUAUUUUGUACUGAAAUCAGAUAUGGACAACGGAAAGAACUAUUCAACUUGACAAAUCUUGGAGUUCUGUCCAUUGAUCAAGAAAUGAAAUCUCCUCAUAGAUUUGCUGGUGCAUAUCUUGCUUUACAAAGUGCAAAGCUGCCUUCUGUCACUGGACAUGAAAUUUUCACAGUAAAUGAUCAUUUGUAUUGGACAGUGGAAUAUUGUCCUGAAAUCAGUACAAGAUCUCAAGCAGAAAACUUUGUUGACUUAUCACUUGAUAUCCUCAUGGAUGCCUGUAUUUCUUAGAUUACAGCACAUGUGAUCUUGAGCUGAAUGUUCAGCCAUCUUGACUGAAUGUUGGCCAAGUUCUUUUUUUUGUGUGUUUCUAUAGACUAAGACAGUCCAGGUCCAUAAAAACACAACUCAUCACCAACAUUAUGAAAAACUUACAAACUUUGUUGGUCCUCUUCACACUUUCUCUUGUUUAAUGGGCAAGAUGGUCCCUCCAGCCAAUCAGAACACAGGAUUCUUUUGAUAUUGCUCACAGGUGCUGCUAACUAUAUUUAUUGAAAUAUUAUUUUACUAAGUAAUGUUAAGGUUAACAUGUGCCUUUGGCAGCUGAUGUUUGGUCAGCAUCCACCUCUCUGACAAGGCUUUAUACUGCAAGUGAAAAAGUUCAUAUAUUUUCUGCCAUCAUUUUCCUUCCCUUAGCAGUUGUAAAACUCAACCUAACUGUUCUGGUGAAUACUUGGUCAUUACAAUUAACGCAGUCUGUUGGGACAGCCGAACAAAACACUGCAUGCUAGAAUUUAAGUCUUAACUACUGGUAAGUUAGUUAGUUGUCGUUUAGCAGUUGCAGAAUUCAGACAAAAAAAACAGUAAGUUUAAUCACUGCGUUUUCAUUUUCCAAUUUUGUAAUAGUACAUAGAAUUUAUCAUUGAAACACUAACCUUUUAUCUUACUUAGGCCUUAAAUGUUACAA